GCAUGGAUGGUGAUCAGACUGUAUCUGGGAAUGAGUUAAGUCGCCUGCGGAUUCCUUAAAUGUUUAAGAGUUUUAUCCAGUACUGCAGGAUGCAUGAUACACAUUAAUAACUUGUAAGCAUGAAUAAUUACUUUCAAUUUCUCCUCUGGUUGAAGAGUGGCACCUCUUCUCAGAUCACGAAGAUAGAAUCAAGGACGUUUAAUUUGCUUCCAGCGUUCACAAGCAAUACACAGUUUUACGAAUAAACGAGAUGGAGACACAGACUUCGAUCAUCAAAAAUUUCAUCGCAGGGGGAGUUGGAGGAGCCAGUGCUAUACUAGUUGGACAACCAUUCGAUAUUAUAAAGCUUCGACUACAGACUCAGCCGAAACCAGCUGCUGGUCAAAGCCCUCUUUACACUGGGACGUGGGACUGCAUCGUCAAAACCAUUCGAACUGAGAGGUUCGUUGGCUUAUACAAAGGAAUGUCUGUUCCUCUGAUGAUGACAACUCCGAUAACCGCAGUGAGUUUUACUGGCUUUACUUUCGGUAAGAAACUCCAGCAAGGGAGCAGCGAAGAACCUCUUACUCUAAGGCAGAUUACGUACGCUGGUAUGCUGGCUGGCUUAUUCACCUCUACCCUGACGACACCAGCGGAAAGGGUCAAGAUUCUGUUGCAGGACCAAGCAGCUGUUUCAGGCUCAAAAGCCUACAAAGGCCCAUUUGCUGUAGCAAAAGGAUUAUAUAGAGGAGGAGGCAUCAUCUCAUUAUAUAGAGGAAUGAUACCUACCGUUUUUCGAGAUGUUAUCGGCUUUGGAACUUACUUUCCUUCGUACUCGCUUAUUCGUCGGGCACUUGCUUCCGAGAACGCCAACGAGGACCUGAGUCCUCUACAGAUAAUAAUCGCCGGGGGAUCAGCUGGUGUCAUUGGCUGGAUAACCGGGAUCGGUCUUGACGUAGUGAAAAGUCGAUUGCAAAUAGCUCCUGAUGGGAAGUAUCCAAAUGGCAUGUUCAGUGUCGUGAUGGAGAUGCUCCGGAAGGAAGGACCGAGCUCGCUUUUCAAAGGUACCGGGCCUGUGCUCCUCAGGGCCUUCCCCAGUAAUGGCGCUGUCUUCUUGGGCUACGAAACAUCCAUCAAAUUCAUGAACUGGCUCGCUCCAGAUUUGUAAUUGGGGUAGCUGGUCACUUUUCAUCAGAGAACUAUAGUAGAUUCGCUUCACUCGUGCGUAUAAUGUCUAUGCCAGUCCCUUACGACGCUCCUGACUGGCUGUUGAUAAGCCAAUCACAGGGCUGGACACUCAGUCUCUCUCGAUAGUUCACAUAGGUAUGCUGCACCUCUCCUGAGGAAUACAUCAUUCAAGUAUCCCUCAGGAGAGGUGGAACAUGCAUCCUACCUAUGUGAACUAUUGAGAGAGACUGAGAAUUUCCAUCCCUGUGAUUGGCUCAUCAACAGCCAAUCAGGAGAGUCGUAAGGGACAGGCGUAGACAUCAGAUGCACGUGUGAUGUGAAUUUACUAUAGAACUAAGACUAAUUCCUUGUCUCUUAGAAGUAUAAAAAAAUACUAGAGACGUUUUCGAUGUAAAGUCAUUUACCAAAAGCAGGUUUAUUUAUGGGCUGAAAUGCGUUUAAUGGUCUUGAAUAGUUUCUAUUGUUUAAAUCUUCUUUAAAAAGUGUUUUUUCUGUGUUAGAGUGUAUUUACUGUAGGUAACGAUGAAAGGCUAAAUCAGUAUCUGUAUUACUGGCUAUUCGAUUAAUAAUAACCAAUUCAAUUCCAAAUCCAGCUUUCGAUUUAGAAAGAAAACGAGGGGCGAAGCUUCAUUAAUGAAAAAUGCCAUAGUCAAGUCUUCAUUCAGAAUUGAAAACUGCAGGAAACACUGAAGGACUGAUAUAGAAUGUUUAAGAAAUAUAGUUUUCUUAUUGUAAA